GCAAUGAAUCUGGAGAACUUUCAAAAUAUUUUCCUGAUGACAUGUUAGCUUCAAACAUCCGACAUCCUAAAGAAGUUACUGUUAGAGUGUACAAGGCUGAGAAUCUACGUGUUGCACCACGUUCUGAUCAUAAACAAAAAAAAGUUAGCCAGAAAUGGAAAUGCGUUGUUCUAGGUGGAAAAAAGAAAAUUAGUACAGAGUGUAUCUAUGCACCGGAUGGUAAUCCUGUUUGGAACUUUGAAACUACAUUUAAAAUUGCAACUAGGGGUGAUCCAGUUGUCCUCUUAGUUUCCGAUUCUGAAGAUAAUCAUGUCGGUCAGGUAGUUGUACCCGGAGUUACAAUCCCGCCAAAACCGACAGAUCCUUCUGUUAGUCUUACGGAUAAUUCCCGACUAUGCAUCAUGGAGAUGGAACAAACUAAAAAGACGGAGAUUGGCUUUGGAAGACUUUAUUUCUGGAUUUGGGUGGAAGAGUACCGUAGCGAGGAAUCUAAAAGCAGGAGCACCAUGGGGUCGAUCUUAAGCUUGUCGAGCUUACAUCUUCAUAAAGACAAAGGUUCAACACCAAACUCAUUAAAUUAUAGUGGAAGUGUUAUAAGUUUAUCGUCAAAUAAUGAUGAGCACAAGAAAAAGAAACGGUGGUAUAAGAAAGUAGCCAAUCAUGCAUUACAUGUGCCUGCUCCAAUUCGACAAUCACGUUCACCUUCGAACUCACUGUUGAAUACAAAGCCGAUGAAUAAUGGUUACAAUCCAUUUGAUUAUUAUCAACAGAAUUUAAAUGAUGAAGAUGGAGUCAUUGAAGAAAAGGAUGGAAGUGUACUUGGAGCUUAUAGUGAAUUAACAGCUAAUUCAUUAUCAUCCUCAUCGGCAUUUGCUACAAAUCAAUUAAAACGCCGAAAUUCAAUGCAUCCAAGUAAAAGAAAUGGAUCAAUUGCUUCAAAUAUUGAUAUUAGUAUGAAAGAUCCAGAUGAACAUUUAAAAAAUAAACCGGAAUUAUUAAGAAUAGCACCAAAAUGUGGUCCAUCUUCAGGUGGUACUGAGUUAACAAUUUAUUGCCGUUUCCUCACGACUGAAAUAAUGAAGCGAUCUACCGUUUUUGUUGGUGACCAUCCAGUUUCUAGAGAUGAUUGGUUUUUGGAUGAGUCAAGUCAAUCUGAUCUAUCGCAGUUACGUAUCCAUAUGCCUUCGUUACAGCCUGGACGUUAUUCUAUUUAUAUUGAUAGUGUGGAAUUUGGACGCGUUCUUUGUAACCAAGAGUUUACCUACCUUCAUUCGGACGUAAAUUUAAUCCAAUCACCUAGAAGUAGCUUAGCUGUUUCAUCAAUGAAUGAACCAACUAACAAAAUUAUUAAUAUUACUCCAAAAACCAAUACAUCUGUUGAGGAGACUGACGGCAGUGUUGUAUUCAGUCGUGUGGGAUCUCAGAGAAGUAAUAUUAUAUUGGUUGAUCGGCGUAGUGGUCGUCGUGAACGUUCAAGACCUGAAGCAUUAGGCAAAUCAGAUUCAUUGAAUAGUUCUAUUUUAGGCGAUUCAUCUAAAAUGGGAGUGACAAAUCAUGAUAAAGUUGAUAUUAUGCAUAAAUACACCAACAGAACAAUCAAUACUCAUGUCAGUGAUUCAAGUAAAGAGUUAUCAAGUCAAGGUAAACCCUAUAAUAAUGUUAAUGAUGAUGAUGUUAAUAAAAAUUUCUAUGAAACUGAUCAUAAGCCUGUUACUGUUGAAAUUUCCACUUAUAUUCUACCUAGUCCAAUACAUUUUAAUCGUGUUGGUUCACAACGUGGUGAAUUGAAGUUAUAUGAUCGACGUAACAGUUAUAAUAGUAAUCGUCAUCAUCCUCGGCGUACUUCAGUGAAAACAACUAGUGAGGAAGAAGUGAAAGAAUUAGGCAGUUCAGUUGAUGUUCAAGAGUCUACUUCACUUUCGUCAGUUAUACUAGAUGAUAGGCGUGAUGAAACUGAAGAUUUUGUCAGUAAUCGUGUAGUAUUGUUGAACAAGUCAGAAAAUAAGAUGGAAAUAAGUGGGAAAAAUUUACCAGAUUUUCAAGAGGAAAUGUCAUCUUUCAAUCCAAUUUCAGAAUUUUCCAUUGAUAAUGAUACAGUUUCUUCCUCUUCUUCUGAAAUAUCUUCUAAUGAACAAUUUAAUUCAUGUUUGGAUAAUUCAGUCAUAACGAACUCUAAUGUCCUAUCGAAUGCUUCUUUAUCUCGAAUACCGGAAGAGUCAGAAAAUAACACGAAACUCAGUGAUUCACGUGAAGCAACUGAUUUUCAAGUUGCUCAUAAUAAAGACGCUAUCCAGUUCGAAAAAUCGAUUGGAGAAAACCCCUAUCAAAAUUCGAUGGAUAUUGGACCUUCCACUGCAAAACAGAAUUUUCUGCCUACCGGUGAGUCAGAAUUAGUCAGUUCAUUAGGAACUCCACCGAAAAUUAAACAAUCAUAUAAACGAAGUAGUCAAUCUAAUUUACCGAAUCGAACAAUCAACAGUGCUAAAUUCAAUCAAAAUGUUAAUCUUAUACCAACACGUAGAGUUUCAUUAUCUAAUUCACAAAUUCGAUUUAAUGAAGAUACAGAUGCAACGGAUUGUGUAUCCACAUUGUCCGGUGAAACUUCUCAAACAAUGGAGUAUAACGAAUUUAAUAAAACUCAUCAUGGUUCUGAUCGAAGUGCUGCUUCUGGACGAUCUAAAAGUAUCAUGGGUGCUAGUGAAGAAGAAGGUCUAAAACUUGAAAAUGAAGCUCUAAUUAUUAAUGCUACUAGAAAACUCAAGUAUUUUGUAAAAUUAGGCAAAUAAACCAACGAAACUGUCACAUUGUAUCUGGUCGAUGAAUAAUAAUCAGUGUUAAGCCAUGUCAGUCAUAAACGAGGCAACGACCCAAACUGUUUCACUUCAUAUCAAGACGACAAAAAUUAUGAUAAUUUGGUGAAUAGAAUUAAUGAAUUCAAAGGUUAGAAGUUAUGUAGUAAUGUUAAACUGAAGAAUAAUGUGUAAAAUUGGGAUUUUGAACCCUUUUGUCUAAAAUCUUCAAAUAUCCUCCAUAUACCUUAAGCAGAAAGUUUACACUUUUAAACAUGGUUUAACAAAACAGUCAAUAGCCUAAUGCACUGACAUAAUAUUUUGAUCUGGCUGUCACGAGUCUUUUUCCAACUUGUUUUUAUAUUAGGAAAUAUAGUAAACUGAUUGAGUUAAUAACUGGCCUCCAUGGUUAAUCAAAGUUCACGUUCUCAUUGUUCAUUUCCUCAUCUGUUUACAGUACAUUACAUUGAAUUUCAAUAUUUCUCUCUUGGUAGUUCUACUAUAUAUAAAUUCUCCAGUUAAACCUUAUCGACUCAUUUCAUACAUAUUUCAAAUUACUUAGUGUGUCACUCUUGUUUUCAGGGUGAUUUAAUGUUGUUUUCAUUUUAAUAGUUGAUUUCAGAUUGAUUUAGGUCACGGAACUACGUACUUCCAUUACAAAAUAAAACUAUGUUGACUUAAAGUCAUUCAGUAAGCGCUUAUUUGCUUUGAACAACGCAUAUACAGAGCAUUUGCUAUCAAUUUAAUGCAUUGAAUUGUACAAAGAAAACGCUUAAUGUUCAUACACUUCAAUCAGAAUACUUAGAUGACUUAAUAUUUGUUUUUUAAAGUUUCUAUGCAGUCUACUCUUUGACUGUUUUCCCAUUGAUAUAUUUUGCUUUAGAAAUUCCACACACAAAAGCUCACAGAAACUAUGAUAGUUUCAACUUAGAUAUAAGUUGAAAACUGAUUGUUUUUAAAAAAUAUAAUUAACUAGCUGUAACGAUUAUGAUGGUGCUGAAAAUCAACGUACUAUGGACCCUUCGUAGAUUCAAAGUAGAUGUUAAAAUAUAACGAUCUCUAGAAUUAAAUCUCAACUGCUAAAGAUCCAAAAUGUAAUUUAAAGAUGAGCAUUGGGUAGAUACUGCUUCAUAGUUUGAUAUGUCCAUCCAGUGCGACUCUAACCAAGAUCAAAAUCAACUGCCACACUGUCACAAUAAUCUUAUACUAAGAAGCAAGAAUUUAAUAGUUGACUUUUAAUUUAAUGACUUAUUUAAGAACAACACAUAUAACGGAAUGAGUGAAUGUCUACUAGCUUGGUUUGGAAAGGCUCAAACAAAGACAAUAAUUAAUCCUAUCUUGGCACACACAGUUGAUAAUGAAUGGUAGAUAAAAUAAAAUCAUUUUGAGUGACCUAUCGCAUACAUUUGUUAUUUCGCAAUGGGAUUUAAUCCCAUCUCCUAAAUAUUAGCAGAACCUGUUAGGAUUCGAACCUAUAACCCUAGUUUAUGUGACUAGAAGAAAUUCGUGACACUCCUAUCUUGGCCAGAUAUAACUUGAUAAACAAUUUUAUCAAUGUUUUCACAUCUCGUAUGUGUUUGUUACUUUUCACCUCUUUCCGUUUAUAUUCUUCAAUACGUAAUUAUUUACACACUAAUUAUGUAAUUUUAAUAAUCUUUUUAUGAUUAUUACUAUUUUAAAGUCUAAUUAUCCAAGUUUGACCUAUUUCCUAUUUUGAACUAUUAACUAGAACUUUUGCGAUUUUACUAUUCUUAUCAGUACUACUAGUAGACCUGUCUUUUUACUAUCAGUUUGUACUGUUCACCUGUUAUUCAUAGAUCAUGGACUCAUAAAUUAUUUUGACUGGUUUAGUAUUCUCAUAUAUAUAUUAAAGAUUGAUGACUACCUAACUGAAAAUCAUAUUGUUCACUUAUAUGUGUUAUUUUAAUUCCGCUACUAGUAUUUGACCACAGAUGCCUUAGAAAUAUUGCUGGCGUCUGCAAGGAUCACCGGCCAAGUAAUGGUGAGGUUAGACGCAGAGUAUUAGGGAAUGAUGGUAAAUCAGUUGAUGAGGUUGUGAAUCUUCAUCGACUGAGAUAGUUGGGACACGUGUUACAUAUGCCUGAACACCGAUUACCACGACGUGCAAUGCUAACUGGUGUUGGAGAUGGUUGGAAGAAAGUUAGGGGCGGCCAAACCAAAACGUGGUAUCAGUGCUUGAAGUCACUAACUUCUGGUGUGAGUCAUGUUAGUAGAUGCAGACUACAUGGUUGGGGUCCGCGUGACUAUCGUAACCAAUAAUUGGAGACUCUGAGCGACAUGGCUCAGAAUCGAUCACAAUGGCGUCGGUGUAUACACUCUCUGUCUUCCCUUAAACUAACAGAAUAAAAUCACUUCAUAUCUUUCUUUCUACAAACUAAUUCUUUCUUCCUGUACUAUAUCCUUAUUACAAUCUUUCUUUUAUAUAUUACCACCUCUGAACUUACUACUUCUAUGAAUCCGGUGUUCAUCUUGUUAUGUUAAUGAGGUGUGGCAACUUGGACCGAUGCAUAUAUGUUCCUGGUCCUGUGUUGUAGCUGAUUGACUGAGUGUUAUUUUAAUUUCACAACGAUAAUCUUUACUUAUAUAAGAAUCGUUAAUCGACAUUAUCCAAUUGAUUGGCAUCAACGAUUUUAACUUUCUGUUAAAAUGUAAAAUUCAUUUUUCAUGUCAGUUACUGAUGAGCAAGCAAUUAUUGUCGUCUAUAACUUUUGUACUUCUCCAGAUGUUGUUAGUUUUUAAUGAAAAUUAUCUGCAAAUUCUACGUACUGUCAUUGGUUAGUAAGUUUAGACUUAUUUACUUAAACACUGACUAAGUAUUUCGUAUGUGUUACAUCAUUUAGAGGCCAUAAUUUGUUUGUUGCGGUAAAUAACUCUAUGAAGGUAAACUGUUCAACAGGUAUUGAUCAUUUGAUGUCAACCUUGUUAAUUUCUAUUGAUUUAAGUAACUGUAAGUAGAGAUGAUCACGGGUAUAUGCCAUUUUCUGUUAUAUCUUUCAUUCAUAUGAAAUCCUUCUAUCAUAUGUUUGAUAACCAGUCUAAUAGUUUCAUCCUCAUCUAUCUCCGCAUACCACAGGAUAUACUGCAGCUCCCUAAUACUACUACUACUGAUUUUUUCUCAUGAGUGAUUUAAAUAAAAUGUUUAGAAGGGGUUUUGUACUAACAUUAUCAUAUUUUGUUAUAUCACGUUUCAUCAUUAUAAACUUAUUAAUUACUUUAUGAUCUUUUGUUCUUUCUUUUCAUCAAUAUACAUAUCAUGUGUCAUGAUAGCGUUACGUUCAUUAUUGAACGAUGCUAAUCAUCUCAUUAGUACUAUCAAAUCGCAUACAAUAACAUUGGAAACGGAAUUAAAUGCAAAAGUUAACGAUGUUGAUCGUUUAGCCGAAGAAUUAUGUCGUUUAAAAAAUCGUCUUCUUUUAGAUGGAUUAACUCAGUAUUUGGAAAAAGUAUAAUAGUAAAAAGCAUCAUCAAACAUACACAUCAAGGAAUUGAUUUUUUUUUUCUAAAAACAAAAAAUACAGAUAAACGAGUAUUGGACAGUCGAAUUAAAUAUUCAAGUCAGUUUGAUCAUUAUUAUUAUUAUUAUGAUGAUGAUGAUGAGGAGGAGGAGGAGGAUUACGAAUAUUAAAUCUUUCAACUGUUGUUAAUUGAUUAUUUCUGUAUUAAGGCUUAUUCUCUUAUCUGUCUGUCUAGACUCUAUUCAUUAUUCUCAACUUUCGUAUUGUCUAUUUGUUGACAUGAUAUUGUUUGUUCUUUGUCUGUUUAACUCUUCCUCGGAAUCCCACCAACAACAACCUCUUUUUGUCCCAUUAUUAUUAUUGUCUGUGUAAAGGCAUUUAAUUUUUAUUACUACUAUUAUCCCCAUUACAUGGUAUCUAUUCACUUUAUUUGGUCUGAUUCAAAUUGUUUUUGUGUAUGUGUAUGUAUGUUUCGAGGUAGAUAUAGAACCAGAUAGAAUUAACGCCCUUUUAUGUACUGUUUUUCCUAUAAAUUAUUAAAAUAUAUUGAUCUCUUUUCAUUUCUUAUUAUUUUUAUGAGCUCGUCUGAUUAAAAUCAAAGUGUUAGCACAAUUUUAGAACUAGUUUAAAUGGCUGGCAUAGAUACUAUAUGCAACAAUUGUCAGUUUUUAUAUACCUAUAUGAUGCCUAUCAUAUAUCUAUCGCCAAUUCUUUUUUUAAAAAAAACACAAAGACAAGCAAUAAUCUACAGAUCAGAUCUUCUAAUAUUACUUUCAUUGUUUAUCAGUUUUUGUUUACUUUUCAAAUCAGAAAAGAAAACUCAACUCAUUCCAAAAGCCGAGAUCUUUUUAAAAAGAACUAGAGAUGCCUAUAUCAGAAUAUUAGUUAAUUGACUUAUGAACUUUCUUUUUCAAUAUUACUCUAUAUUAGGCGACAACUAUGCAAGGCAUCAUAGAAACAGUAUCGUUUAUUAUUAUUUUUUUCUCUAUUCUAAACAAACACUUAUGAACUUUUACACAGAUUUUGAUGUAUACACAUUCAGUUGUUAUAUAUUUGCUCAUUGUUUGUUUGAAAGACACUAAUUGAUCAUUUUUUCCCUUUUUUUUUAAUUGUUUUUUUUUCUAUUUCGAGUUAAUCAUUUGAAUGAAAAUAAUAAUACAACUGAUAACCACUUG